AUUAUUACUAUUAUUAAAUAACUCAGUAGUAAGAUUAUUCGAUUCUAAAUGAAAUGAUGAUUAUUCGAUUAUUAAUCGAUUAGUCUAUCAAUAAACAAUUAUUCGAUUAUUCAAUUAAAAUCGAAUAUUAUUUAAAUAAUCGAAUAUUCCAAAGAAAAAAUAAUCGCACAGUCCUAAUAGAGGGUACCUGAAACAGAGAUUUUUUUUUAAAUAUCUGCAUUCUCGAAAUAAAUCGAAACGAAAAAAAUAGUUAGGUCGUAUUUGCAAUUCUUAAAAACGAAAUCAAUUAUAAAUUCGCGUUCGUAUAUUUUACGAAAUUAAAUUGAACACAAACUCCUGAAAGUUCGCACUCAUUUCAUCGCCCGGUUCAUUGAAUCCACCGGGAAAAUUAUUUAGUUUUCUAACCUCGGUCACUGCAAGGACCACGAUUAAACAACAACCACAGUUCUUUAAUCACGUAGAGUACCAUCGCAGCAGGGAUGCGUUCUUAUAGUGUCGGAGUUAUAAAAGUUUGAGUAGCACAGUAUCCACAGCAGUCCAUCUCGGCACGGUAUCACAUCUGAAUUGUUGUUGUUUGCCGUUUUAUAAAGUUCAAGAGCACACGUCUAGUAUCUACUUGUUAUGGACGUCGAUUGGAAUAAUUGGUCAAGUACUGAUUAUGGUUCACUUCCCACGUUGUCCACCGUCCGUCGAUCAAAUCACAGGUACGGUUACAUUUCAGAUGUCCGGUCCGGUUAAUCGCGCUUGUCGAUAUUUGACGAGAUCCGAGUCGUUCCAAAGCCAAAAGACCCGGCCGCAGCACCCAUCGCUUUUGAAUACGACCGUAGCCGAUCACAUCUUCGUAAUGUCACCGAGUCGCCGACCGCAUUCGACGAUGGCGAAGACUACCACAGGAAUUCGGCGGUAAACGAAAACAAUCGGAUUUCAAGGCCGUCGUUCUCCGUGCCGAGAACCGCACGGAAACCGCAUUCGGCCGUUGAUUCUCGUUUCACGUGCGUGGCGGUAAAGGAUAAUUUUUCCGUACCAACACACACUUUUUCACGUGUCCCACCCGCGUUCGAACGUAUCUGAUGGUGUUUUAUUCGCGGUUCCUUUCGUGGGUCACCUGUCCUCGGUGGCGACGACGACGACGACGCGACAAUCGUUCCCUAUAACACCGUUCUUUGGCGAGACGGGGUGAUCGGUGAUUGCCGAAUUGAUUGGUUUCGAAAAACGGGGAAAAACCCUUAAGCGGUAACUGUCGACGCACCACACCGGCCCCGCGCGCGCGUUCGUUUGCCGGCCGUCACGGCGCAUGCCGGGCAGCAGUCGGUCGCCCACGGUAAAAGUUAUUCGAUUAUCGACCGACGCCGCGACCGCCAGCAGUCGCGCCGCACCGCCGGAGAACGAAGUUUGUAGCAGUACCGUCUCAGCUCGGAACGCGCGAAGAUUCUUCCGCGUGCUCGUGUGCUCUCGUACGCGCGUGAUUUUCGUACGUAUUCGACAGUCGUCCGCGUGAACGUCUUCGAGACCGAGAUCGGUGACAUCGAGAAAUCUUCGUCGAUUUGCAUCCAACUUUUUUGUUCCUAUCAUCAGCGUCGUUUGUAAAUGUUUGUUGCUGAUGUAGACCUAUGAGAACAUUUCGGGACGAGAGAGAUUACGGCUUUUUCUCCGGGUACGCCACUUUUUGAACAGUUCAAAGAAAUUAUGCAUUUGAAUUUAAACAGUACCGAAGAAUCGGAUAUAAAAGAGGAAUGUUUGGACGGGAUCAAAGCGAAAACGGGAUUAGUACGAGUGAACGAUUCAAAUAGAGGUUCAUUAACUAUUCGAUUGGUUUUGACUUUGGAAUGUCUGAAACUACAAAAACAAGAGAUAGUCGACAACCAACAAUCGUCAUCAUCGUCGUCCGAGGAUACCAUUGACAAUUAUCAACCUAGCCCCAACUAUUAUUUGAGAUAUGUGACUGUGGUGAGAAAAAACGGAAGUCUCGGAAUAAGCGUCAAAGGUGGUCAAGAAAAUAAUUUACCGAUAUUAAUAUCGAGGAUUCCCGAUGGAGGUGCCGCUUACCACACCAAAAGAUUGUUUGUAGGAGAUGCUAUAAUUAAAGUGAACGAUCAGUUAAUAACGAAUGUUUGCCAUGAUGCAGCUUUACACAUUUUGCGAAAUUCUGGAAAUCACGUCACAUUAUUGGUUAAGCAUUACAAAGCUGCGGCUCCAUUUUUAUUAGGAUCAAAAGGCAAUAAUAACAAAAACAACAACAAUAAUGGAGAAAGUGACACAGAAGACGGACAAUGGGUAGAUUAUCUUAUAAUACCACUGAUGAUGGGUUACGUAACAAGAUACGUGCAGGGUACAGACAAACUGCGAAGAAACGGUUUCGAAGUGCACGGCAUAAAUGGUUCGAAUUCCACUAUCAUACAUUGCGACAACGUCAAAAGUUUGUCUGAAUGGGUCAAACUCAUUUCGGAAAACAUUGCUAAUCUAGCGGAAAUACAAAUUAAACUGUAUAAUUUAAACUUUGGAAUCAAUGAAAAAAUCGAGUAUAUGGGAUGGGUAAAUGAAGGAGUUUUAAACAACAACCACCCUUGGCAGAGUUAUUGCGCGAGAUUCAUGAUUAUCAGAGGACGAGACGUAUUGCUUUUUGACACACCGCCAAUGUCCAUUACAGAAUGGCUGGACUGCGACGUGGUGUACAAGCUGUACGAGUCCAUGUUGAGAUUGGUGAAAGACACGGAGAAUGUGGAUCAACGGCAAAACUGUUUUUUGCUACAGACGUCGAACGGCGUUUCCCGAUACUUCUCGAUGGAAACCAAACAGGGUUUACUAGACGUGCAGUGUGCGUGGCACAGAUCGAUAUGCACGUCCAUGACGCACAUCAAAAGCAGAACGUUUUACGUGCUAUUCGGCAACAACCAACAGCCGUCGAACUUAAUACUGGACUGGGACAACGGGUUCACAUUGUACGACAACUGGAACAAUUCCAACGUGUGGACGUACAAAUUUUCCGAGCUCCGCGGCUCCUCGGACGAUCACAUUUCCCGACUAAAACUACACUUCAACGACAAUGGUCGCAUCGAAACCAAGGAAUUGGUUUGUCAAGAUCUACAGAGUUUGCUGUUCUGCGUGCACGCGUUCUUGACCGCCAAAGUGGUAUCCGUAGACCCAUCGUACUUGAACGCGGAAGGAAUUCAACUGCUAUAAGACGUCGCCGAUAGUAACGAUAAAAAUAUCAUAUUGUGUACUACUAUGUAAAUGUUAAAUAAUCAGGCGGUCGCAUAUUUUAUAGUUUUAUUUUAUGGUUGUUUAUAAAUAGUUUUUAUACUAGAAGAAUUCAUAAUGUUUUAGCCAUCGCAUGCAAAACUGUACGAUUGUUACCUAUUUGGAUAUAGUUCCAUUAGAGUAUGAUUUGAAUUUAAUAUAAAAAGUACAUAUACAUUCGUUAAUUUACAAAUGAGCGAACUUGCACAAAAAUAUGUUCAUUUUCUAGUCGUUCGAUCACUUCGGAAUAGUUUGCAGUGAAUCGGAAUCGGUUCGACGACGUCAAAGAAUAUUUGUUGUUACACUUAUUAUUACUAUUAUAUUAUGAAAUGUUCAAUAUUUUCAUUUAUUUAUAGCUGGUUUGCUUU